UGGAGCCUUCUGCCGGGGCGUGGGGCGCGCGGGCUCCGCGGGGCUGGCAGGUGUGCUGCGCGUGCACCUGGCGAGCGAUGGCGCCGGACGUGGGCGCCCCGGGGUAGCGCGGGCUAGGUGGCGGCGCUCGGCCGGGGCAGCAAUGGAGCUCCUUCGGCUGCUGCUCCUGGCUGUGUUGGCGUCGGAACCGGCGGCGGCCGGCGGAGCCGAGACCGUCGGGAACUCCAGCGAGGGUCUUCUUGAAUUUUCUGUGGGGAAAUUUAGCUACUUGGAGCUCAAGAAGUCCUUUCCAGAGGAAGCUGUUUUGCGUCAUAUUUCCAGCAAUGUCACUUUUCUUAUUUUCCAAAUACAUUCACAGUAUCAGAAUACAACAGUUUCUUUUUCUGAGACUCUCCUUCCCAAUGCCUCGGGAACAGGCACUGACAAAGGACUGGUUUUCAUUCUUAGACCAGAGCAGAGUAUAUGCACGUGGCACUUGGAGACUUCAGACCCUGAGCCUGUCCAAAAUGUGGCCAUUCCACUCUCCUACUCGGAAAGCGAUCCUAUCCCUGGUGGUUGUAAUUUGGAGUUUGAUUUAGACAUCGAUUCCAACAUUUACCUGGAGUAUAAUUUCUUUGAAACAACUAUCAAAUUUGCUCCAGCAAACCUAGGUCAUGCGAG